AUGGGUGUGCUGCAGUUCUUCAGCUUCGUCGGAUCGUCGAGUCCAUCCAAGAGUAUCGCCGCGCCAAUAUUACUUUCCGACCCCGAAAAGCUGCCUAACCCAUCAGACAGUGUUGGUCCGCAACAACGAGUGCUAUUACUCCAUGGCCCAAAGCAGCGUUAUGUGGAAGUAACGGACCAUCCUACUCCUUCAAUAUCCAGCAAUCGAGAGCUACUGGUUCGAAAUAUUGCAAUCGGUCUCAACCCUAUAGACUGGAAAGCACCAGAUUUCAACUUUGGUAUCCCUGAGCUGCCUUACAUAUCAGGAAGGGAGUUGGUGGGCGAGGUGGCCAUCUGUUCGAGACGAAAAUCCCGUUUCAACCCCGGUGACAAGGUAAUUGUCAUAUCUACCGACUACAGAGAUCUACGGAAGGCCGCGUAUCAGCAAUACGUCGUCGCGACAGAUUUCAAUGCUGCACGACUACCUCUCAACAUUACGCCCGAGGCCGGCUCAGCUCUGGGCGUAGCCUUCGUAGCUGCCGCACUGUGUCUGGGGAUAUGUGCCGGUGUCGACUUUACGAGUGUCGCCAACGGACCGGAUCUCUUUUCUAUGGUCAGGAAGUUACAGGCCACGCGUCUGCCCGCAGACAUCAAGACCGAGUGCCUCGAGGGCAUAGACGAAGUCUCGAGGGCCAAGAAGGGUGACUGGAUCGCCGUCUGGGGCGGUUCCUCGACGAGCGCUUUCAUGCUGAACCAGCUUGCCAGACUUGUUGGUCUCAAAACCAUUGUCGCCAUCGAUCAUCGAAAACACGCCCUCAAGAUUGCUUCUACGGUCCCUGCUGCCCAACCAGACAUUGUGGUCGACAGUCACGACCCCCAACGGGCGAUUGAGAUCGUCAGAUCGGCCACCGAGAAGAGGCUCCGAUUCGCCGCCGACACAGUGGGAAAGGACACGGCGACACAUCUUUUGGACUGUUUACAACAACGCAAUGCGCUUGACGACGAGCCUCUCUCUACCACGACACAGGGAGAUCUGCUUUCAUCUCACCUGAUCGGCCUCAGUGGACUGCCAAAGGCCUCGCCGCCGUCCAACGUCGCCUUCCACAAUGUCCCCAUCAAAUUGUUCCACGAGAUCCCCGAAGUUGGAGAGUCCUUGAUGCUCUGGCUGGAACGGCUAUUGGGUCAGGGCCUUCUGGUCCCCCCUACUGUGCUCGGGGUCCAAGAGGGUUUCGGUUCUAUCAACCACGCCCUGGACAGUAUGAGAAGAGGCGAGGUCAGUGGAGGGAGACUCGUCGUGAGAGUUUCCUAA